GCCGGAACCGAGCCGUCUAGGAGGCCGCGACACCGGGGAGCCUCGCGGGGAGCAGCUGCCCGGCCUCAACCAGACCGCAGCGACUAAGGCUCGGGAGCCGGCGAGAUGCCUCUAUUCACCGCCAACCUCUUCGAACAAGACGUCGAAAAAGCCACGGAUGAGUACAACACUACAGAAGAUUGGAGUCUUAUUAUGGACAUAUGUGACAAAGUUGGAAGCACUCCUAAUGGAGCAAAAGAUUGCUUAAAAGCCAUAAUGAAAAGGGUAAAUCAUAAGGUACCUCACGUUGCUCUGCAGGCAUUAACUCUUCUUGGGGCUUGUGUGGCAAACUGUGGAAAGAUAUUUCAUUUAGAAGUAUGUUCCCGUGAUUUUGCAACAGAAGUACGUGCUGUGAUAAAAAAUAAGGCUCAUCCUAAAGUGUGUGAAAAACUGAAAUCUUUAAUGGUAGAGUGGUCAGAAGAAUUUCAAAAAGAUCCUCAGUUUAGUCUAAUAUCUGCAACUAUUAAAUCUAUGAAAGAAGAAGGAAUUACUUUUUCUCCAGAAGGUUCUCAGACUGUCUCAUCUGCUGCCAAGAAUGGUAUGUCAUCAAACAAAAACAAAGAAGAUGAAGACAUAGCUAAAGCUAUUGAAUUAUCGUUGCAAGAGCAGAAACAGCAACACACAGAAACAAAAUCCUUAUAUCCAUCUGCAGAAACUCAGUUAAAUAAUAAGGUUGCACGGAAAGUGAGAGCUUUAUAUGAUUUUGAAGCUGUUGAGGACAAUGAACUCACCUUUAAACAUGGUGAAAUUGUUAUUGUUUUGGAUGACAGUGAUGCCAAUUGGUGGAAAGGAGAAAAUCACAGAGGAGUAGGACUCUUCCCAUCUAAUUUUGUAACAACUAAUUUAAACAUAGAGACUGAGCCAGCAGCUGUGGACAAAUUGAAUGUAACUGAUGAUGAUGUGGAGGAAAUUAAGAAAUCAGAGCCUGAGCCUGUUUAUAUAGAUGAGGAUAAGAUGGAUAGAGCCCUGCAGGUGCUCCAGAGUAUAGAUCCAACAGAUUCAAAACCAGACUCCCAAGACCUCUUGGAAUUAGAAGAUAUCUGCCAACAGAUGGGUCCAAUGAUAGAUGAAAAACUUGAAGAGAUUGAUAGGAAGCAUUCAGAAUUGUCUGAAUUGAAUGUAAAAGUCUUGGAAGCUCUGGAACUAUAUAACAAAUUGGUGAAUGAAGCACCAGUAUAUUCAGUCUAUUCAAAGCUCCAUCCUCCAGCACAUUACACACCUACAUCAGCUGGGGUUCCAAUGCAGACAUAUCCAGUUCAGUCACAUGGUGGAAACUAUAUGGGUCAAAGCAUCCACCAAGUAACUGUUGGGCAAAGCUAUAGCCUAGGACCAGAUCAGAUUGGUCCACUGACAUCUCUGCCUCCAACUGUGAAUUCCUCAGUAACAACACAGCCUGCUCAGAUGCCAUAUUUAAACACUGGACAAGACACUGUCUCCAGUCCUAUUUAUAUGAAUCAGAACUCUAACCUUCAAUCAGCUACUGGUACAGCAACUUACACACAGCAAAUGGGGAUGUCUGUGGAUAUGUCAUCUUACCAGAACACUACUUCCAGUUUGCCGCAACUGGCAGGCUUUUCUGUGGCAGUUCCAGCUCAUUCAGUUGCACAGCAGCAAACAAAUUACCAUCAGCAGCCUCUCCUUUAGAAAUAAACCAAGCAUUUUCUUGAAAGCCUUCAUAAGUGGUAUUACUCAACCCUAGUGAUUCUAAUCUAAAGAUACUAAAACUUUUCCUCUCAACUCAAAAGGACCAUGAAUCAAUAAAGCACAAAAACAUAUCUUACUCUACAAGUCCAUAAAAGGUUUUUUUUUUUUCAGUCCAGUUUGUUUGAAAUCAGUCUUUUAAUCAGAGGCAGCUUAAAGAUGCUUACAGUUAGUUUUGUCAUACUUUCAAAUCUCUCUUCAUAAAUUUGAACACCCAGUAAGUAGCCUUAUGACACUAAACAUUAUGAGAUAGGAGUGUAAAAAUUUUACUUUAAAGAAACCACUGUUUCCCCCUAAGAUAUCAUGCGAAGAGCACUGAAGAACUUUAGAUGUUUUUUUUUCUGAAUUUUUUUUUCAGUUUCCCACACACUAUUCUUUUAAAAGGCAAACAUCUUUUUAUGUAAGCAUUUAGCUUGCCAACAUAUUUCCUUUUGGCUCCUUAAAUUGCAGUUGCAUUUGUAAUACUGUCAGUUUUGCUCUCAGUGUUGUGUUGAGUAAUAAUUAGCAUAUAAUUGUCUACAGAAGCAAGAGCAAUUUGGAAGGAACAAAAAUGCUUUCUGUUAUUAGCAGUGAAGAUUGUGUAAAGGCAGAUGUGUGAUAAGGCAUUUAGCCAGUCCCCCAACAGUGGGAUAAGGAAUGCCCCACAAAACAUUUCCAUUCCCUGGGGAAAAAUAUUUCCUUUCCUACAAGCGUCCUUGGUAUUUAGAAUUGCCACUAAUGACCUUUUCAAGUGGCUUUGGCCAUUCUCUAAUGAAGAUAUGGUCCAUUUGUUUUCCUUACUGCAAUGUGUACAGAGAUGCUGUAUUUCCUCUGUGUGGAUUAUAUGUGAAUUUAAGCCAUGAGACAUUCCUAAUAUUUGAUGUGAAUAUACCAAGCAUGGACAAUAAGUGUGUUUUUAUUGAUAUGUUUUUUCUUUAAAGAAGUGAUUCAGGUACCAUUGGUAAGCUAUCAACAAGCCAAGCUGUUGUUGGCCCUUUUUUCAUUAGUAACUCUGACUAUGGAAUGAUCGCAGAUGAUGAAUAGACAGAAGGCAGUAGAUUGAUAGCGUAGGCUAUAGAGACAGUUUUUCUGAAGCCUACGUUAAAUUCGUUUAUAGUGCUAAUAUUCCACAUACUGUGGGAGUUAAGUAGUAAACCAAGAAGGAUUGUUUUCUCUCCUAAAAACUUGCACACUACUUCAUCAUCUAGCAACUUUUUACAUGAUACAAAAUAGAAAAUGCAAAUAUGAGGGUACUUCAAAAAGUCCAUGGAAAGAUUCAUAUUAUCUUUUAAUUCUGUUUUUCCACCAACUUUUUGAAGUACCCUUAAAUAUAUGCUUGUGAAUAAAUGAUAUUUAGACUGGGAAAAACAAUUGGAUAUAAGUUUAGUUCUAAAAAAGUUACUUGCAUGGAAGCAAGAUUUCUAUAUUUGCUUUUUUAAAGAAAGGGCUCAAUCUUUUAAGAAUCCAUCUGAAGACAUUUCUCUAGAAAUUUUGUCAUUUAUCUGCAAAAAUUUGAUAACUAUGUUCCUUUUUCAAUGAUACUUUACGUAGAACAAAAUAUAUAGUACUUGAUCUACAUUUAAAUGGGAAAACAAGCAGUAUUUGAAAGUCCAAUUUCUGUGAUUGUAUCAUUUCAGAUCAAGUAACUGAAAAGAAAGUUUUAAACUUUAAUGUCUAGUGUUCUGUUUUUCAUCCAGUA